GUCCCUUGUCUAAAUCUCUCUUUACACACGCUCCCAACUGUCUGCUCUGGUCGGCAACGAAGCUUCAACCUCAGCACCUUCCAACAGCAACAACUGCCUUCUUUUUCACCCAGAAAACCCAGUUCGGUUUUCUAGAGAGAGAGAGAGAGAGAGAGAGAGGAGAGAGAGGCCGACCCUUUACAGUUCAUACUUACAAAGUCACAGGAGGCACACCAACAACCCUCUUGAUAUUUCAGGGGAAUUCCAAAUCGUGGUGGAGUUUUCGUCUCUCGUAUCUUUAGCUUGUUCUGAAAAGCAGCUGCAUUUUACUGAGGAAAGCAGUCAGACAUAAAGAGGGUCAUAGAUUGUUUGACACAAUGAUUACAGUUAUGGAUUCUGUAAGAGAACCAUUGAGGAGCAACUCAGAGAAAUGGCUGGAUUCUCAAUUCUGGCACGCCUGCGCCGGCGGCAUGGUUCAAAUGCCGCCCAUUAACUCUAAAGUCUUCUACUUUCCUCAGGGCCAUGCUGAGUACACCCAUGGGAAAGUGGAUUUUGGGAAUUCUAGAAUUCCACCACUCAUUCUCUCCAAGAUAUCUGCUAUCAGAUACAUGGCAGAUCCCGAAACGGAUGAGGUUUUUGCGAAAAUGAGGCUGAUUCCGGUGAGAGAGAGUGGUUUUGAUCUUGAGGAUGAUGGACUUGUGGGAAACAAUGGAACAGUUGAGAAUCCGGAGAAACCCACAUCAUUUGCCAAGACAUUGACCCAAUCUGAUGCUAACAAUGGGGGAGGCUUCUCUGUGCCUCGUUACUGUGCGGAGACUAUCUUCCCGCGCUUGGAUUACUCGGCUGAGCCUCCUGUUCAGACCAUUCUUGCAAAGGAUGUGCAUGGCGAGAUUUGGAAGUUUAGGCAUAUCUAUAGAGGUACUCCUCGGCGUCACCUUUUGACAACGGGGUGGAGUAGUUUCGUGAAUCAGAAGAAGCUUGUUGCUGGGGAUUCCAUUGUGUUUUUCAGAGCGGAAAAUGGUGAUCUCUGUGUUGGGAUUAGAAGGGCUAAGAGAGGAAUUGGCGGUGGACCUGAAUACCCAUCUGGAUGGAAUACUACUGCUGGAAAUUCUGGCUCUGAAUAUGGGGGUUAUUCUGGCUUUUCAAGGGAGAAUGGUAAUAAAGUGUUUGAAAAAGGUUCGAGUGAUGACGCGAAGGGAAAAAUGAGGGCUGAAUAUGUUAUAGAAGCUGCAACUCUUGCUGCCAAUGGCCAGGCCUUUGAGGUUGUGUACUAUCCCCGUGAAAGCACACCGGAGUUUUGUGUUAAGGCUUCAGCUGUGAGAGCUGCAAUGCAAAUACGGUGGUGCUCAGGAAUGAGGUUCAAAAUGCCCUUUGAAACUGAGGAUUCUUCUCGGAUAAGCUGGUUCAUGGGAACCGUAUCUUCUGUUCAGGUUGCAGAUCCCAUCUGUUGGCCCGAGUCUCCAUGGCGUCUUCUACAGGUUUCAUGGGAUGAGCCAGACUUGCUCCAAAAUGUGAAACGUGUUAGCCCAUGGUUGGUUGAAUUGGUAUCGAGCAUACCAUCCAUCCAUCCAUCUCCCUUCUCGCCUCCAAGAAAGAAGUUGCGGCUUCAACAUAACCCAGACUAUUCCCUUGUUGGCCAACUUUCCAUGCCAUCAGUCUGUAGCAACUUCCUAAAUUCGAGCAACCCCUUAUGUAAUGUAUCAGACAACCUAUCUGCAGGCAUACAGGGAGCCAGGCAAGCUCAGUUUGGACUAUCUUCAUCGGAGCUCUUCUUCAACAAAUUGCAAUCGGGUUUGUUUCCAAUUGGUUUUCAACAACUUGGUCAUUUUGCCCCUCUUGAAACCAUUGGGGGCAGCUUUAUGCGCAAGGCUGAAAGCAAUGAUAAUAUCUCUUGUUGUCCCACUCAAAGUUUGAAGGAUAAUGAUGAGAUAAAGACACCUCACAUAGUAUUAUUCGGUCAGCUAAUUGUUACAGGGCAACAUAUAUCUAAGAGCUCAUCUGGUGAUGAUUCAGAUGGACAUCCAAAGAAAACAACAAAUUGUUCUGAUGGCUCUGGUUCUACGUCACAUCGCCAUGGUUCAGUGGAAAAUUGUUCUGAUGGAGGGUCUCCUUCGAAGACAGAUCACAGCGAUCUUAGUUUGGAGACUGGUUAUUGCAAAGUGUGUAUUGAUUCAGGGGAUGUGGGGACUCUUGAUCUCUCUGUCCUUAGAUCAUACCAAGAAUUGUAUGGAAAGCUAGCUGGUAUGUUUGGCAAAGAAAGUUCAAAGAUGUUAAGAAAUGUGCUCUACCGAGAUGCAUCAGGUGUUGUUAAACACACCGGGGACGAGCCAUUCGGUGACUUUUUGAAGACAGCAAAAAGACUUUAUAUGGUGUAACUGUGAUAGCCUCAUGCUUGUCUUUGCACCAAUGCACCAAUGCAUCGUGAAGAGAACAGAAAAAUUCAUGCUUUUAUCCUUACAAAUGGAUAUUUUAUGAAGUUUUACUUCACAAUUAUACAUUUACAAGCACUUCAUAAAUGAUCCAUUUUAAAUUUUUAAAAGGCUGAACUUUUAAUUUUAUAAAUGUGGGCAAUUUUUUUUUUUUUUUGGGUGUAUUGUUGUGUAAUAUGGAUCUAUAAUUACAUAAUGUGAACAACAUGUCGUUUCUUCUUCGGGGGAGGGUUGGUGCCUCGCACACGACUGUUGACAAAGAGCUAUCUCGCCUAAUCCUUCUCUACAAAAUUUUCUAAAAAAAACAGCAUUUUAUAUCAA